CUUAAUGCAUGACAAUUACAAAAUCUAUCUAAUGUGCACACCAUGAUGAAACCCUGACUUUGAAUUUGGACCAAUUAAAAUUAGCUAGCGCAUUAUGCAUGAAACUUAGGCCAAUUAAUCUUUCCUAUAGACAUGUUUGAAUUAUUAAAAAAAUUAAGUUGAUUUUAUUUUAUUUCAUUUUGGAGUACUUUUGGAAAAACUAUUCAUAUUAAUUAAAAUUCUCAUCUUUUGUAAUUUUAUAUUUAGAACAUUUUGAAGAAUUCUCACCAGAUUGGGUUUUCAUUGAGUUCUUCUUUCUCAUUUAACCUAGCAAAGCCGUCACCACCGUAAUUCAACCACGCGCCGCUACUUCCACAGAAAUUCUUCAGAUAUGGUUAUUCCACCUCCGGUAAGGCCUCCAAGGAUUACAAAUUUUCUCAAACCCUAUGUUUUGAAGAUGCAUUUCACCAAUAAGUAUGUCACUGCUCAAGUCAUCCACACUCCAACUGCUACCGUAGCUUCUUCCGCGAGCUCACAGGAGAAAGCGUUAAGAUCAACCUUGGAAACUACUCGGGAUGUUGCUGCAGCUGCGAAGAUCGGGAAGUUACUUGCAGAGCGGCUUUCGCUUAAGGACAUUCCUGCUGUUUCUGUUCACUUCAAGAGAGAACAGCGGUAUCACGGAAAGGUAAAAGCUGUUAUUGAUUCUCUAAGGGAUGCUGGUGUUAAGCUGCUUUGAGUUGUGAUUUUUAUGUGUUUUGUUGUAUAUUGAAGAGAUCGUCUUUGCAAAUGAAGAAUAUGAAGAAUGAGAUGUUUUGUAUUAGUAUUUUGGUAGAAAAUAAGAUAACCGAUGUUAAACUCGA